AUGGAUAGUAAUGAUGACAAUGUUACAAGAGGACUUGUACGUGCUAUUUUAACAUUUACUGAAGAACAACGUAACUUAUCUAAUGUACAAUCUGUAUGUCAAUUUAUUUAUUGUAAAUUUUCUAUGAAUGACCAAGAUGAUAAUAAUGAAACAUGUUAUGUAUCAACAACAAAAUUAUCUUUCUCUCAUGAUACAGAUGUAAACGAUAAUUUAUAUUUUAUUUCAAUUGCAAAAUGUAUUCAACUUUAUAUUUAUCCAAUAUUUAUAUUUCUUGGUAUAUUUGGAAAUAGUUUAUCAUGUUUUAUUAUGUUUCUUAAUGUACGUCGUAAUGGUUAUUCAGCAAAUUUUUAUUUAACAAUAUUAGCAUUUGUUGAUUGUUUAUUUUUAUUAGGUAGUGCAUUACCUAAUUGGAUAUCUCGUAUAAAUAAUAAACUUGAUAUAAAACUUUUUUCGGAUUUAUGUUGUCGUUUUGUUUAUUGGUUUGGACAUUUUACAACACAUUUAUCAGCUGGUCUUGUUGUUAGUGUUACUGUUGAACGUUUUAUUGCAGUACAAUAUCCAUUACGUGCACCAAAAAUUAAUUCCGUAUCACAUACACAUAUGGUAUUAAUUAUUUUAAUAACUUUCUUCUUUCUAUUAGAUAGUCGAGUUUUUAUUCUUGUAAAAUAUUUUAAUGAACAUAUACAUAUUGUAUCAACAUGUCCAAAUGAUACGAAAUAUGAAAGACAUGAUAUACUUCGUUGUGAUGUAACAGAUGAACAAAAUGAACAAACAUGGGUUUUUAUUGAUUCUGCUGUUUAUACUCUCAUACCAUUUUUCAUUAUUGUUACAUUUAAUUCUCUUAUUAUUUAUCGUUUAAUUCAAGCACAACGCCUACGACAAAGUAUGUCUUAUUUCAAUGGUAAAUCAUUAAAAUAUGGAUAUGAAAAUUUACGUCAGAACAUGUCUGAUGAUCAUCCAUCAAUAAAUAACAAAUAUAAAUAUUUAAGACGUUGUCGAUCAGUUCCAAUUAAAAGAUCAAGACCAAGUAAACUUCAUCCACGAACAAGUGAACGUUCUAAACAUCUCAGUACGAAAACAUUGGAUCUAUCUCCGACACCAUCAUUAGAACUUCAACAUCGUCCUGAUCAUCAUUAUGAAAGUUGUUUAAUACGUCAAACAACACAUAUAAAUAAUAAACGUUUAACAAUAUUAUUACUUUAUGUUUCAUUUUCAUUUUUAACUUUAACAUUUCCAGCUGUUGUACUUAAUUUAAUUAUUUCGAUAAAACCGAAACCACAAUCAUUAACAUUUCAAAAUUAUCCAAGUGUAACAAAUUAUAAUUUGGAUUCAAAUACAAUUCUUUAUUAUUCAAUAACACGUUUAUUAAUGAUUAUGAAUCAUUCAAUAAAUUUUAUACUUUAUUUUGUUGUUGGUAAACGUUUUCGUCGUGAUUUAAAACGGAUUUGUUGUGGUUAUUAA